UCCGGCGUCCCUGGCUCCCUUGCCCUUGGCCUCCCCUCCGGUCCUUCCCUACUUGUACCAGCCCUUCUUUUCCAAUUUCAUCCUCUCCCUCCAAUUCUACUACUACAACUCCCCCUCGCCACCCUCCCUCUCCCUCUCUCUCUCUCUCGCCGCCCACACCACCGCACUCCAGCCAGUGUGUGGGAGGGAGAGGCGAAGAGGAGGCCGGCUGCUUGCUUGCUUACCUGCUAGCUAGCUGGAUAUAGCUAGAAUUCCCUACAAUUCAGUACUGCUGCUUCCCCAAUUGCUCUACGGGUUGCUUCUACAGCUCUACAAGUACGCAAUUCAAGGUGGGGGAGCCAAGCCGGCCGGCCAUACUAGUUCUUGCCUUUGCGAGCUCUGGUGUCUCCCAUCCACCAGGUGGGAGAGUUCAGGGCGGAGGAGAAGAGGCGGCGGUGCCGUCGGGCGGCACCCAUGCAGCAGCACCAGGGUGGCGGGUCCCAGUACGGGGCCGCGCCGCCGGACAUGGGCCCGUUCUCGCCGACGCAUGCCUCGGCGGUACCCCUGCCGCUGAGCAGCCGGCCACCGCCGCCGCCGGCGGCAUCUCAGACUCAGCCUCAGCCGCCGCCGCAGCAGCAGCAGCUGCCGAGGGCGAGCUACGACGAGCUGGCCGCUGCGUCCAGCGCCGGCGCCGGCGGCUUCCCAGAAGACGACAUGCUGGGCGACGCCGGCGGCAGCGGCGGCGGCGGCGGGUCGGGAGCCGGCGGCAACCGGUGGCCACGCGAGGAGACUCUGGCCCUCAUCAGGAUCCGGUCGGAGAUGGACGCCACGUUCCGCGACGCCACCCUCAAGGGUCCCCUCUGGGAGGAGGUCUCCAGGAAGCUCGCGGAGUUGGGCUACAAGAGGAGCGCCAAGAAGUGCAAGGAGAAGUUUGAGAACGUCCACAAGUACUACAAGCGAACCAAGGAAGGACGCGCCGGGAGGCAGGACGGCAAGAGCUACCGCUUCUUCUCCGAGCUGGAGGCGUUGCAUGCCACGGCGCCGCAGACGCCGCAACCGCAGCAGCAGCUACCGCCGGUUAGCAGCGGCACCCACGCGAUGCACGCCUUCGCGCCAACGGUUUCCGCGCCGCCGCCGAUGAGCUCAAUGCCGCCGCCACCGGGGCCGAUCCAGCCGGCGCCCAUAUCUUCCGCGGCUCCAGCGGUGUCCCUGGAGCUGCCGCCGCAGCCGCUUAUCAACCUUCAAGGCUUCAGCUUCUCGUCCAUGUCGGGGUCAGAGUCGGACGACGAGUCUGAAGACGACGAGAUGACGGCGGAGACCGGCGGCAGCCAGGACCACCUCGGCAAGCGCAAGCGAGGCGCCGGCGGCAAAAAGCUGACGACUUUCUUCGAGGGGCUCAUCAAGCAAGUCGUCGACAGGCAGGAGGAGAUGCAGCGGCGGUUUCUGGAGACUAUGGAGAAGCGGGAAGCGGAGCGCACGGCGCGGGAGGAGGCGUGGCGCAGGCAGGAGGUAGCCCGCCUCAACCGCGAGCAGGAGCAGCUCGCCCAGGAGCGCGCCGCGGCGGCCUCACGCGACGCCGCCGUCAUCUCCUUCCUCCAGCGCAUCGGCGGCCAGUCCGCGCAAGUCCCUCCCGUAGGGACUGUCGUCCAGAUGCCCACACCAGUGCAGCUCCAGACCCCUCCGCUGUCCAAGCAGCCUGCAGCUAGACAGCACCAGCCGCAGACAAAUCCACCGCCGCCGGCUCCAAUCCCAGCUGCGCCCCUCCAGCAGCAACCGCCGCAGCCGCAGCACAAGGAGACGACUCACCACGAGGCAGUGACGCCGCGCAGCGCGCCACCGACGUCUGGCUCAUCACUCGAGGUUGUGCCCGCGGCGGAGCAGCUCGCCGAGAGCGGGCUAGGAGGGGAAGGCGGGUCGGCGUCGUCGUCGCGGUGGCCCAAGACAGAGGUGCACGCACUUAUACAGCUCCGCAUGGAGCUAGAUAUGCGCUACCAGGAGACCGGGCCGAAGGGUCCGCUCUGGGAGGAGAUCUCGGGCGGGAUGCGGCGGCUGGGGUACAACCGGAGCUCGAAGCGGUGCAAGGAGAAGUGGGAGAACAUCAACAAAUACUUCAAGAAGGUGAAAGAGAGCAACAAGAAGCGGGCCGAUGACUCCAAGACCUGCCCAUACUUCCAUCAGCUCGACGCCAUCUACCGCAGAAAGCACCUCACCGGCGGCGGCGGCGGCGCCUCCUCGGCCAAUGUCGCCGGUUCGGUAGCCGCCACCACACUCGACCAGCAGAACCCGAACCGGCACGAGAUAGAGGGGAAGAACAUAAACGACAGCGACAAGAGGAACAACGGCGGCGCGCAGGUGCCAACCAGCAAUGGCGACACGGCGCCGACCACAGCCACGUUCGACGUCGACAGAGGCAUGAAGAAGCUAACCGGAUAUGCGCUUGCCGUGAAGCCAGAAGACAUUGUGAGGGAGCUGAGCGAGCAGCCGCCCCGGGAGUUCACAACGGACGAGACCGACAGUGACGACAUGGGCGAUGACUACACCGACGACGGUGAGGAAGGCGAGGACGACGGGAAAAUGCAGUACAGGAUACAGUUCCAGAGGCCGAACACCGCCGGCGCCAACACCGCGCCUCCACCGGCAACAACCCCGGCGUCCGCGGUGCCAACCUCGACUCCGACGAGCACCUUCCUCGCCAUGGUUCAAUAGGCCGGCGCGCGCGAACGAUGCAUCACCAAGUACGUACGCAUUCAAAGAAAAAUAAAACUCAAAGCAUCACCAAUUGGUCCAAUUCACCAUCUCAUCUCUCACUCCACCACCACCAUCACAAACACCAUGCAUCAGCAACGACGACUCUUCUUGUCCACCUUGUAAUUCUCCCGUUCCAUUCCAUUAUUUAUUGAUUUCUUUGUGUAAUAAGAACCCUCUCUGAUCUCCCCUUAACCCGAGGAAGCAGAGGGGGUGGUAGAGAAAAAUGAGUCCGGGUAACUUAAUUAUCUAUAGGUCAUCUCGUCGUGUUAAACAAGAAUUGUACAUCGAUGUAACAGUCCCAGAUGUCUCCGUUUUUCUUUUUCUCCUUCCCCUCCGGCGACGGCGGUAUACAAGUUUGUAUACGGGUAUACAACAAUUACAUACAUUUCCAGCAAUUUGGAGCAGAGGUCA